GUACUUUUACCCUCCCUGCCUCAACAAAAGCAACGCUGUCUUUAUCGAUAACAGUACCUCAAAAUGAACCGAUUGGAGACCGACAUGGUUCAAUGAUAGUUCGUUCAAAACUAACUGAGGUUGUAAUCGGAUAUAAAAUCCUUGUCACCUCGAGUAAUAAAGUUGAUUUAAGGAUAAGAAUAGAAGAUGAAUAUACAUAUUACACUGAUGGUGACCCGUUGGUUGUUGGGGCGAAAGUGAGGCUAAGGAACCCACAAAAGGGAAACAUUAUUGAAACCUACACAACUUCAAACAACACAGAACUGCUGUUUGACGAUCUCGAAGAGGCAUACUACAAUUUGCAAGUGAGUGCAGACAGGCACACGUCAUACAGUGCUGUCAUCCUGGCAUCUCCAGCCAACCCGAACAUUACAGUCUUCCUACAGAGAACGGCAGUGAAGUAUAGCUGGACUGUUACCCCUGUUACAUACCAAGAUAAAUACAUUGUCACCUUAGAUUCAACAUUUGAAACCGAGGUACCAAUGCCAGUUGUUACGAUGGAGCCACGACAAGUCGACCUAACUGCCUUGGAAGAGGGAGAAAAGAAUGAAAUUGUAUUCACUAUAACGAACCAUGGAUUAAUAAGAGCACAGAAUCUUAGAUUUGCACUUCCAAACAAUCACCCAACACUUGAAUUCAUACAGACCGUUCCAACUAUUGGCGACAUUGAAGCCAACACAACACUUAUAGUUCCAGUGAAGGUUAAUGAGAAGCCCAGACAAAAAAGAAACUUUCUUUUGUGCUUAGCCUUUGGAAUCAAAUUACUUUGGGACUACCUUUGUGGGGUUCUUAGGACAAACGACCUCGAUGUCAUGCUUCAACGUCGCCAAGAGAUGUCCCGUAUUCCUCCAAAUGUAUGUGGUGGUGGUGGAGACCCAGUUGAAGGGGGUGGAGGAUAUUUAGGACCUGUAAGCGGUCCUGGUGGAUCAAGAGUUUCUACAAGUGUACGCAACUAUGAGGCCGUGACGCCAAUGUCAUGUGACUGUGCCAAGAAAUUAAUCCUUGACUGCCUUCUGCCUAUGGUACCCGGAUUUGGACCUUUGUACUCCCUUGGGCGGAAGGGAUAUGCAUUAGGAAGUGCCAUAUCUAGUAAAAAACGUAAACGCCGUGAUCUUAAUGGUGACAUCAUAUAUGCCGAUGACCAUAGCUAUUUAUUUGCACGGGCAAAAAGAAAGAAACGCUACAUCCCCGAAUCGGUCGAUGCAGCUGCAUCAUUUAGUUCAAAGUAUGGCUGCAUCAAAUCUGUAGGCGAGGCCACCGGUGAAAGUCUAGCAGGAGAAAGUGUUGGAAACAGCGCACUUAAAAUCGGAGGUGGCUGCUUACCAGGUCCCGCGGGACAAGCAGUCGGAUGUGUGCAUAUCAUCAAAGCUGAAUGUCCCAAGCUUGAUGCGGCCGCAGCGGCAGGUGGUGGGAAAAGAAAACGGCGCUCAACAAUACAGGAUGUGUAUAUCAACAUGGCGGCAGUAAAUUCAAUAGUUUACGACAUGUAUCAGUUAUCCUACCAUAUGUAUGGAAGCAAAGAAAUGUUUAAUCUUGGUCUUGGGCUAUGGUAUCAAGAGUUUGAAGAGAGUAUUUCUGAUAACAGCGAUCUGGGGACAUCUUUAUCAUUAAACGAGUCAGCGAGUGUGUUACAAUACAUCAAUGAAACAGAUCAUGCACUUGUUUCUGCUUUCCUCCAACGAUGGAACAACUCCGUUAACGCCUGGAGGAAUGGUGUGACAGAACCUUCACAAAGUCUUGAUAUAAUUUCAAAAUCAAUGCUCGAGACGACAAUGAAAAAGUUCACUGAAGAACAUCAUGAAUCUGUAAAGAGAGGAUUCGAUAACGUGUUUGCUGAGUUUGACAAUGCGUACGUGGCAGUAAGGGAUAACUUCGAAAACGCAAAGAAAGAAGAGGGUGUAUGUGCCAGAGUGAGAAUACGAAUAGUACAAGAAGCAGUUCUAACACGAGAUGCAUUUAAUGGAAAGCUAGAGAUUGAAAAUGGCGAGGGAUCUGAUCUGACACAUAUUAAAGUGGAGCUUCAUAUCUUUAAAUCGGACGAUGUAACCCAAGAACAUAUGAUAGAACACUUUGCAAUAGGGGAUCCAGAUUUGAAUGGAAUUAGCGCAGUGGAUGGUUCGGGGAGUCUACCUAAAGGGAAAAGUGGGUCUGUCGAAUGGUUGAUUAUUCCUUAUUCAACAGCUGCACCAACUGAGGAUGUUCUAUAUGACAUUGGUGGUGUGCUCACCUACUUUGUUAAUGGAGCUAAUUUUACUGCCCCACUGCUUGCCGAUAGUGUUACUGUCAAACCAGACCCACGACUGCACAUCCAUUACUUUCAUGAGAAAUAUGUUGAAGCUGAUGAUCCAUUCACAAAAGAUGUUGUUGAGCCAUCUAUUCCAUUUAGCUUGGCUGUAAUGAUAACAAAUACGGGCAAUGGUAUGGCGAAAGAAUUUAAGAUAACAUCAGCUCAACCUAAAAUAAUUGAAAACGAAAAGGGGUUAUUGGUGUCAUUCAAGAUUAUUGCGGCACAAUUGGGCAAUGAAGAUAUAUCACCAUCUUUGAUGAUAGACUUUGGUGAUAUAGAGCCCCAUCAGACGAAAACUGCCCGAUGGCUUCUGGAAUGUUCUCUAAAAGGGAAAUUCUUCAACUACACUGCAACAUUUGAGAACAUUAACCCCCUGGGUGACCCUGAACUUUCAGUGUUAGAUGUCCUUGAGUAUCAUGACUUGAUUCACCUGGUUCGAAUGCGAAGUAAUAUCACACAGUCUGAUGAUGGGUUCCGGGAUUUCCUUGUUAAUGAUGAACUUGAUGGAUUGGACAUGCCGGAUGUUGUAUACAAUAGCAAGGACCAAUCCAAAGAGCCAGUGUUCGUGAGUCUGAAUGUGACAUAUGAAAGAGCGAACAAACAUUGGUCAGGCAAAGAGUAUAAAUACAUGUACGUCAAUGUACCUCUUAACUGGAACUGUACUGAUUGGCUGUACACACGUUUUGAGCAUGACAUUGAACUAGAUGCUGACAACCAAUUACUUCGGGUCAUAAGAGAUGAUGGAAAGGAACUUAUAAGACCAGAUAAUGCAUGGAUGACAUGGCAUAUAGAAGAUUCUCUAUUCGGGCAUUUGUUUGACCAUUGUCCAUGGACUCUGGAUCAAUUGUUUCAUAACUACACAUAUAUUGUUGGUCCACUUAAUAAACAUGAUCCAAAAGUGAACGAGACCAUAACAUCGAUUAAUGUAAAAAUACCAAUAAGUAAAACAACUUACAUUGCAACCAUCAUUGCGACUGAUGAAGACAGUGAUGGUAUCGAGUUUAGCUUGGUUGAACAUUCCGACUACUUCCAAAUAGAUAGUAACAGUGGUGUAAUCACAGCAUUUCAAGAUAUUGGACCAUUAGUUGUUGACGAAACUAUCCAAGUAGGCGUUAAAGAUGAUGGUAUUCCGUCAAGGAAAAGUAUCAGUGUUAUCAAUGUAAAAUUCGAGGCUGCUGAUAGAUCAUCAUCAACAACAACAACAACUAUGACAUCCUACCACACACCCGAAACAACAAAUUCUACACCCCUAACAGAAAUUACUACAGUAAAGUCUGUUACUAAGCCAACAACGACAGAAGCCACAUUCGAUAAAACCGCAGAUGGGAAAAUUCAAACGGACUACACCCAAGUGGUAUCUAUUGCUGAUACAACAACAGGAACAACUCAAUCCGACCAUAUAGCUGAAACAACGGAUGUAAUAACUACUACAGAACACACCUCGGUGACACCUGAUGGUAAUACAACCACAGGAGCAACAACACCCGAAGACACAAUUGAUACCACAGAUGAUAUGAUCCAUACAGAGCUUACUACAUUGACAACUGCUACUUCAACCACAAGAGCAACACCAUCUGGUCACACAGUCGAUACCACAGAUGAUAUGACCCAUCCAAAACUUACUACAUUGACAACUGCUACUACAACCACAAGAGCAACACCAUCUGGUCACACAGUCAAUACCACAGAUGAUAUGAUCCAUCCAGAACUUACUACAGUGACAUCUGCUGCUAAUACGACCACAACAGCAACACCACCUGGUCACACAGUUGAUACCACAGAUUAUAUGAUCCAUCGAGAACUUACUACAGUGGCAUCUGCUGCUAAUACGACCACAAUAAUAACAACAGGUGCCGAUCACAAAGUCGAAACAACAGAUGCGAUAAUGCAUACGGAAACCACCCAAAUGAAAUAUGCUACUGAUAGCACGGCAAAACCAACAACCCCAGGCCACACAGCCAAAAUCACAGAUGAAAUAACGCAUACACAACAAACAACUACUGACAUCUACAACAAUUCUACACACCCAGUGACUACAAUUUUUGAGACCACCUUUGAAGAAACGUAUUCAACAACAUCUGGAAGAACAACAUCCAUAAAACCUAGAGUGACUUCUGGGUCAUCGACUCCUUCAAAAAACUCUGGAUUGCUUUCUCUGUUAUUGACGUUGAAUAUGCUAUGGAAGGCUGUGUUUAGUAAUGUCAAUGCCACUGAAACAACCACUUUGACAAAUUCUGUAUUAUUGCUAUUACAAGAUGCAUUUAAACAAUUGACGAAUUUUGUGAGAGUCAUCAUAUAUAAUUUAAGACCCGGUAGUGUAAUAGUGAAAGUAGGAGUUUUCCUGACAGAGAAAGCUGACAAUAAAACGGCAAAUCAAACCAGUGAUGUUUUGAGAAAACACUUGGAGACUGUAAACUACACGAUCGUAGGAGAGAAGGAAAAUAUUACAAUAAAAAAUGAUAGUCUAGUUGUCAACGUAGAUCCUUGUCAGGACAUCGACUGUGGUGGAAAUGGAGAAUGCAUUUCUGAGGACCAGAAAACAACUUGCAAGUGCAAUCAAGGCUACAGAGGUCCUCGUUGUGGCGACUCUAAGGUUGGAGAAUCGACCAACACUAUCAUUAUAAUAGUGUGUGUGGCGGUCGGUGCUGUAUGUAUUAUAGGGAUAUUUGCUGCAUGUUACUGUGCCAUGCAAAGAGGGAAGAGAAACAAAUCGUCUUCAAACAGAGAUGAUGAUAAGGAUACGUCUGUAUUUGGAUACAACUCCACAAUGCUUGCAAAGCAUCAUAUAUCAAACACAUCACCCAACCCCACUGAGUUGAGAUCAAGUUGGAUGGGCGGCCUGUAGAUUGAGUCGCAAAAACAGG